AUCUUCCCUCCCGGAAAAAAGGACCUUCGAAAAUCCGGCCAACAGAGGACCUUACCCAUCACCCUCCUGCAGGAGAAGACUGGAGGAUCCGUCUCGCAGGACCCCUCGAGGCUGAGGACCCGAGGGUGAUAUCGUGGGUGAUGGAGGAGCACCUGAGUCCUCCUUCAGACCUGCCUUAUAACCUCGACCUCGGGACUAAUGUCGACUUCACGAAGCUUCAGUACUGGCAGAGGGUUCAUCAGGGGAUUCUGGACGUGCUGCGGGGGAAGCGCGGCGGCUUCUUCCUGGAGGCGGGGGCGCUGGACGGCUACUACCAGUCCAACACGUUCUUCCUGGAGCGGGACUUGGGCUGGACCGGCCUCCUGGUGGAGCCCAACCCCGUGUUCUUCGAGGCGCUCCUCGCGCGCCACAGGAGGGCGUGGGCCACGGACCUCUGCCUCGGGACCAAGCCGUAUCCGGUGAAGACAGAGUUCUGGGUGCACACGGGCGCGGAUCCAAGGCAGAGUCUUAUCGCAGCGUCCCGGAGUGGUCUCCUGAAGGAACACCUGGAGAACUACGAAAACGGAGGACUCGAGAGCGGCUCAGUGGUGGAGGUCAACUGCGUGCCGGCCACCAGCGUCCUCUCCGCCCUCAACGUGACCCAGAUCGAUCUGUUUUCCCUCGACGUCGAGAACGCCGAAGUGGCCGUCUUGCAGUGGUUUCCGUUCGACAGGGUGCACGUCGAGGUGCUGGUGGUGGAGCACUGGACGUCGGGAGACCCAGAGGACGUCCAGGCCUUCGUGCGUCUGGUGGAGAGCAAGGGCUUCUCCUUCUACCGGAGGGACAACCACGACUACUUCUUCCUCCACCAGCGUCCGAGAUGGGUCCUCGCGCGCCCAGGAGACGAAGGCGCUGUGGACAACCUGGAGCCUUAUGAACCACUGACCGAAGGGCGUAAAUGAUAAUUCUGUCUUUUUUCUUUCUUUUUGA